AUGGAGAAUGUUCGUUCGCAUGAGCCCUUGAAAUUAUACAUUGCAGUAUCUAAAAAUACAAUUGUGUGCAUGUUAGCCCAAGAUGAUGAGAAUGGGCAUGAGCAGGCCAUUUAUUACCUUAGUCGAGUUCUAACUGAUAUCGAAACAAGGUAUUCCCCAAUAGAGAAAUUUUGUUUGUCUUUAUAUUAUGCCUGGAAAUGGAUGUUAGCAUUGACAGAGUUUGAUUUACAAUAUGUCCCAGCUAAGGCUGUAAAAGGACAGGUCAUUGCAGAUUUUCAUGUGGAUAAUUCGAAAGAUCUGAAUAACCAGAGGGCAAAUGAAUGCCAGAAACAUGGUUCGAUACAGCAAACUCCAGCAUCGGAGUUGCAUUUGAUAAUUAAACCAUGGCCAUUUAGAGGUUGGGUUUUGGAUUUGAUUGGGCUGAUCCACUCUCCUUCAUCGAAACAACACAAGUUUAUUUUGGUAACAAUUGAUUAUUUCACAAAGUGGGUUGAAGCAAUUUCCCUAAUAGAAGUUGGUCAAAGUGAGAUAAUAGAUUUUAUUGAAGAACACAUUAUCCAUCAAUUUGAAAUCCCUCAAACAUUAAGUACUGAUCAAGGAACUAUGUUUACUGGUCAGCAAAUUAAAAAUUUUGCAGCCUCGAGGAGUAUCAAUAUAAUUACCUCAACCCCUUAUUAUGCGCAAGCUAAUGGGCAAGUAGAGGUAGCAGAUAAAAUCCUGAUAAGUCUGAUUAAAAAGCAUAUCAGGAAUAAGCCUCGAAUGUGGCAUGAGACUUUAAGCCAAGUAUUUUGGGCUUAUCAAAAUUCGCCAAGAGGGUCAACAGGUACUUCGCCCUAUAAAUUGGUUUAUGGCCAUGAUGCAAUGUUACCAUUAGAAAUUAAUUUGAAUACUUUGAGAAUAUCAAAGCAAAAUGAUUUGCCAGUUGAUGAUUACUGGAAUGCAAUGUUUGAUGAAUUGAAUGAAUUAGACUCAGAGCGAAUAUUGGCACUUGAAAAUAUGGUUCGACAAAAAGAAAGUAUUGCUCGAAGUUAUAACCGUCGAAUAAGGGAGAAGUAUUUUAAUAUAGAAGAGUUGGUUUUGAAAGUUAUUUUGCCAAUGAAAAAGAAAUUGAAGUUUCUUGGCAAAUGGUCCCAUACUUGGGAAGGCCAUUUUCAAGUAGUGGGGUCGUAUUCUGGAAAUGCAUAUCGGAUCAAGGAUAUCGACUCAGGAAAGAUAAUUGAUUCGAUCAAUGGAAAAUACUUGAAACAGUAUUACUUUUGGUUAAAUUAA